AUGGCCUAUCAGAGCCUGCACCUGGGCGCCACCACAGGGGCCGUGCCGCUAAAGUCGCCCAAGAAGAUGGCGCCCACGCCCACUGGCCGAGCCGGCUUUAGCGCCAAGGCCACUGGAGUCAGCGCGCCCGCUACCAUCAACACCGCUGGAACCGCCCCCUGGAAGGAGCUGCAGCAGCCCGGCAGCAGCCACGAGCUGGCCGACCAGUUCCCCGAGUUCUGUUUACAGCCGCCCCAGCGCCCCUCUGCUGGCCUGAAUAUCGACGCCAAGCUCGCCGCCUCAUCCGCUUCGAUCCAGCUCCAGCUCCAGCAUCAGCAUCAGCAUCAGCAUCAGCAUCUCUCCAGCUCCAGCUCUAGCAAUAACAGCUCUACAACUGGCCCGUCUGCUCCUGCUGCCGGUUCUGCAGCUGUUGGUGCUACUGCAACUGCAACGGCUGCUGGCGGCACCACGACAUUUACAGGUACUCACACGACGACUACCACGACUGCCACUGCUUCGUCUCACGGUGCUCGUGUCACCUCUGCUGCUGCUAGUACCACCACCUGCGUGACCUCGCUAGGCCUCUGCACGCCCCCCAGCUCUCCCGUCUUCGCUCCGGCCGUCUCCAGACUCGCAUCGCCGGUCAGUGCCGUCAAGGCUGAGGCUGACCCUGUGCGUGUCUCUGCUCAGGCGCUGCAAUCGCCCCUCUCGGUAUCGCUACCCCGGCCACGCUGCGUCUCGGACCCUCAGCGGAGUGGGCGGGACAAGGAGGAGACCAGUGCCGGUAUUACUGCCACCACUGCACUCCAGCGGUCAGAGAAUCGUCGCUCGUCAUUGGGCACCAAGACCCUGAGCCAGUCUCCGACGCGCUCAAAGCUUUCCAGUCCUCCAAAGCCACCUCCCAAGCCUGCAAAGUUUUCCAGACGACCGCGUCCGGCAGACACCCAGAGCGACACCGACACCGACUCUGAUCUUGACAGCGACCUCGACCUCAACCAGGCCGAGAGCGAGAGCGAGGCAUCUUCUGCCGACGUACUAGUCGAUUCGUCGUCCAUUCGAGGGGCCCAUGACCAGUUCCUCAACAGGAUGACCUACUCGGAGCAGCAGAGAUGGAUCACGGUCCAGGAAAAGACAUUCACCAAAUGGCUCAACACAAAGAUUGUAGCUCGAAACCUCGAAGUCAAGGACCUGGUACCGGAUCUUAGCGAUGGUGUCAUGUUGAUUCACUUGCUCGAAUGUCUCUCCCACGAAUCCCUCGGUCGAUACGCCGCCCGCCCAAAGCUUCGCGUCCAAAAGUUCGAAAAUGCCAACCUGUCGCUGGACUUCAUCCGAUCCAGGGGCAUUCAGAUGACGAAUAUUGGCGCCGAGGAUGUCGUCGAUGGAAACCGCAAGAUUAUCCUCGGUCUUAUCUGGACCCUGAUUCUGCGCUUCACCAUCAGUGACAUUAACGAGGAGGGCAUGUCCGCCAAGGAGGGCCUGCUCCUGUGGUGUCAACGAAAGACAGCGUGCUACAACGAGGUCGAAGUUCGCGACUUUAGUAGCAGCUGGAACGACGGCCUUGCCUUUUGCGCCUUGCUGGACAUUCACCGCCCGGACCUCAUCGACUUCGAUACCCUGGACAAGUCGGACCACCGCGGCAACAUGCAGCUCGCCUUUGACAUUGCCCACGAGGAGAUUGGCAUCCCCAAGCUGCUGGACGUGGAAGAUGUUUGCGACGUGGCGAAGCCCGAUGAGCGAAGUUUGAUGACGUACAUUGCCUACUGGUUCCAUGCCUUUUCCCAAAUGGAAAAGGUCGAGAAUGCAGGCCGACGAGUGGAAAAGUUCUUCAACAACAUGCAGGGCGCGUGGGAGAUGCAGAACGCCUACGAGAAACGAAUGCGGGAGCUCCUCAAGAACAUCCGCGGCCAGGUUGACCAGUGGCACACGGCCAAGUUCGAAGGCACUUACGCCGAUGCAAAGGCCCAGGCGGCCGAGUUCUCGGACUACAAGAGGGGCAAGAAGCGCGAGUGGGUUGCCGAGAAGAGCGAGCUCGCCACAUUAUUGGGCAAUAUCAAGACGAAGCUCAGUACCUAUCGGUUGCGGCCCUAUGAGCCUCCUGCAGAAGUCAGCCAAGAGGUCCUUGAAAGAGACUGGAAGGGUCUCACGAAAAGUGAGAUGGCACGCGCACAACUCAUCAACGAAACCAUCCGAGACAUCAAAAACGCGCUGAGGAAGUCGUUUGCCGAUAAAGCCAACGACUUUGCAAUGGCCCUCAACACUAUGCAGCUUGCCAUUUCAGGCCUGGACGGUGAUAUUGAAGACCAGUUGCAUCAUGUCAAGAAACUCAGCGACAACUUGCAGCCCCUUGAUCGGUAUCUCAGUACCAUUGCGGAGGUGGAUGCCAUGUGCGAGGAAGCAAACAUUGAGGAGAAUGACUUCACCACAUACACAUACGACGAGUUGGCGUACGAAUUGACGCUAGUAAGGUCGUCGGUUCAGAAGAAGCUGUCCUUCCUGGAGAAUCAGAUGGUUGCCCGCAACAUGACCAACUUGACGCCCAUCCAGCUGGAAGAGUUCGAAAGUGUGUUCCGGCAUUUCGACCGCGACGCUUCAAAUUCCUUGCAGGAACUCGAGUUCAGCGCAGCAUUGGCCUCACUAGGUUUAGUAUUCUCCGAAGAGGAGAUGCACGACUACUUUGUCGAAACCUCUGGGGGCAAUCAAUAUGUCACCUUCGAGCAGUUUAUUCGCUUCAUGGUCGAUGUCACCGAGGACCAAAACACCGCCGAGCAAGUGUUCCAGUCGUUCCGGGAGGUUGCAGAUGGGAAACCGUACGUUACCGAAAUGGAUCUGCGCCACAGUCUCGUACCGGAGGAGGUUAUCGAGACGCUCCUUAAUAUGAUGCCGCCUCACAACGGCCCCGACAUGUCACGCGACAGAGGAAAGGCCCAGUACGACUACAUCUCCUUCAUGGAGAAGAUGAUAGGCGGCGACGAUGCGGACGACGAUAUAGAAGCCGGUGUGCUCCAGGAUAGAACGAACAUCGGCGACAAUCGGCCCCGAAGGGACUCCAAGGUGAACGGCGUGCAUGGAUGACAGUGAUCCGGGGAUGAGCGGAAGUAGGCCGCGGUCACUUGAUCGUCAUCUUCUGCGCAUGGCCCACUGUCAUUUUGUUCAGGCCUCUCGUAUAUUUCUUUGUAUACUCUCCCCCCCCUUCCCCCUCCCCUUUCUCCCUGUCGCGCAUACACAGGCGCCUUACGCGGAGUCCCUGUCUCCUAUGUUGUCUGGAUACUGGUUGGAGAGGCAGCGGUGUUUUUACUUGGUACCCCCGAUGCAUGCCAUGGUGUUUUUACUCUUGUCCGACUCUUCUUUUAUACUCUUCUUUUCUUUGUCUCUUAUAAUUUGUCUGGUGAUGGAGCUGAGCGGAUAAAAAUUGGACACCAUCUUAUAGUAGUCAGUUCCUCACGUUGAAUUAAUUGUACGACAACGUUAGAUACUAGGUAACCAGAUUAAUUGGCAAUUGGCC